GGUUUUUGGGUUUAGAAUCAGAAACUGCAGCUGAAGAUAGUCUGAGAGAGAGAGAGAGAAAGCAGAAAUGUUGAGAUCCGUGUUGCGGAGAUCGCAAAACCUCGCCUUUACUCGAAUCUCCACGAAGAAGACUCCAUCGCUAACACCCAUUUCCAGAUUCGCACACGCCGAGUCUUCUCGAAAUGCUUCUCCCCGAAGCCUCAGGUUCUUCUCCACAAACCCUACCGAAGAGAUCCCAAUCUCUUCAUCCUCAGAGCUUACCCACGAAGAAUCGAAUGCUUCCGGUUUAGGGUUUUCCGAAAGUGGCGAUUUUGAUGUGAAUGGUGAAGAUGGAGAGUCUAACAUUUCUCCAAUCGAAGCUUCUGGAGACGGGUCCGUUGUAGCUGAGGAGGCGAGCCAAUUCGACGAGGAAAAGUUCGAAUCUUUGCUGUCUUUGUUACGAGGCGAUGAAGAAGCUUUGGAGUUUGGUCUGAAGGCGUUAGAUCUCGAUUUGAACUCAGAUCUUGUGGGGAGAGUGUUUGAAUCUCCAGGAAUUAAAGGUAAGAACUUGAUUAGGUUCUUGAAAUGGGCAACUAAGAAAGAAGACAUCACUGUCACCACAUCGCUUUUAGAGUCUCUCCUUGUAGUAAUCUCUGGUGAUAGACGUAGGUUGGAUGCUUAUGCUCUGUGGGAUUUGGUUAAAGAGAUUAGUGAGAGUGAGAGUAGCCUUGUUUUGAAUCUUGAGAUAAUGAAUGAUCUGAUAGCUUUGUUUGGGAAGCUUGGCAAGUCCAAAGCUGCUUUCGAUGUGUUUAGUAAAACCGAGGAGCUUGGCUUUACUUUGAAUGCCAAGACUUAUUAUGUAACACUGGAGGCGCUUUGUAAGCGGUCGUUUAUGGAAUGGGCGUGCGUUGUGUGCGAGAAGAUGCUCAAGAGCGGUGUGUUACCAGAGGGAGACCAGAUUGGUAACAUCAUUACUUUGUUUUGUAAGGAAGGGAAGGCUGAGGAGGCUUAUUCUGUUUACGAACUGGCUAAGACGAAAGAGAAGUUGCCUCCUUCUAGAUCUGUUGCUACUCUGAUAAGUGCGCUGAGCAAGAAUGAUGGGACUGUUGGGUUUGCUCAGGAGUUGUUGAGUGAUUUAUCUGGAGAUGCUAGGCGACAGGGGAUCAAACCGUUUUCUGAUGUGAUCCAGAGUUUAUGCAGGAUGAAGAAUGUUAAAGACGCUAAAGGUUUGGUCCUGGAUAUGAUCUCUAAAGGACCUGCUCCUGGGAAUGCGGUUUUCAAUUUGAUUGUGCACGCUUGUUCGAGAAGUGGAGAUCUAGAUGAAGCCAAAGAGGUUUUGAAGUUGAUGGAGAGUAGAGGUUUGAAACCAGAUGUGUACACUUACACUGUCAUCAUCAGCGGGUAUGCUAAAGGAGGGAUGAUGAAUGACGCCCGAGAAAUUCUAGCGGAAGCGAAAAAGAAACAUAAGAAUCUUAGUCCUGUGAUGUAUCACUCACUCAUCAGAGGCUACUGCAAGAUUGAAGAGUAUGACGAAGCUCUUGAGCUUUUGAAUGAAAUGGAGAGUUUCGGUGUGAAGCCUAGUGCGGAUGAGUAUAGUAAGCUGAUUCAGUCGUUGUGCCUCAAAGCAUUGGAUUGGGAGAAAGCAGAGAUGCUGUUUGAGGAGAUGAAGCAGAAGGGGUUGCAUCUGAAUGCUAUUACUCAGGGGCUGAUAAGAGCAGUUAAAGAGAUGCAAUCUGAAGGCAAGGCAACCGAAGAUGCUAAUCUACUUGCUGCAGCAUAGAACUUGGAUUUUGAUAUUUUACAUUUGUUCUAUCAAUCUGGAAUAGCUUUUGAAGAUGUUUUCUCUUGGUUUGAAACUCCAGACAGUGCCUUGUUUGUUCUCCAAUAAGCUUUUAUGGUGUUCAAUCACAGUACUCAUCAUCAUCAAGCAAUGUUUUUCAUCAUAAU